GAUUUCAAGCCAGUAAAAAACCGCGUCAAAUAGCAACAAACUCACAUUUAAGGAUGUUAUUUUCAGGAAUAGAGUCUGAGCAACCGAGUAACCAAUUGGCUACAUUAUCCAGAAUCAAACACCACCCAAAACCUCCAAAAUUGUCCCUAUCCACUUUGAAUAUAUUUGCCAUGCACUCAAAUUCCUUCUAAUUUCAAGAAUAUUAGUGGCCAUAACCAAAGUCAGUUAUCUAUAAUUCGAAUUCCAAAAAGAAAGAGAGAGUAAGAGAAUGCUGAAAUUUAUUCAGUGAUGUUACUAAUUCACGAAAGAGGGAAUGGAUUCCAUGAGAAAGCGUAUGGCCAUCGUAUUCGUAGUGUAGAAGGGAAAGGGUGGAAUUGUAAUUUGAGGCAUGAGGAGCUGGCUGGGUAGUUGGUUGUUGACUGAGUGGCUCCCUUCAUUUAUUAUUUGCAUUUAUAUUCAAAAACGGAACAGAACAAAGUCCAAGAAGCCAUGGAGGUGAUGCGUCACUGUUCAAGGUUCCUUCUUCCUCCCAACACCAACGAUACUCGUUUUAUGAGGUACGCUCUUGUGGUCCUCAAUCAACGUCUUCCUAGAUUCGCUGCUCUCCUUUGGGACCACGCGCAGGUGCGAGUGUGUGCUGAUGGAGGUGCCAACAGGGUGUUUGAUGAAAUGCCUCUUCUCUUCCCUCUUCAACAUCCUUCCCAUGUUCGCUCCAGGUACAAGCCAGAUGUAAUCAAAGGCGACAUGGAUUCUAUCAGGGAAGAUGUCCUUCAUUUCUAUACAAACCUUGGGACAAAGAUACUUGAUGCUUCUCAUGAUCAGGAUACUACCGAUUUGCACAAAUGUGUAGCAUACUUACGUGACCUAACAACACCAAAUACUGAUGAAUCAGCUUUGUGUAUUCUUGUUGCUGGAGCCCUUGGUGGGAGAUUUGACCAUGAGAUGGGAAAUAUCAAUGUUCUCUGCCAAUUCUCCAGCACACGAAUUAUCCUUCUAUCUGAUGAUUGCCUUAUUCAGCUUCUUCCAAAGAAUCACCGCCAUGAGAUAGUUAUUCAAUCUUCCGUCGAGGGUCCGCAUUGUGGACUUAUUCCCAUUGGGAUGCCAUCUGCAAGUUCUACCACCACCGGACUCCAGUGGGACCUCAGCACAGGGCGAGGUAGAGGUUGAUUUGAACAAGUUAAAUGAGAUUUCAGAUGGGCCAGUUUGGUACUUAUUUAGAAGCGCUUCUGCCUCUUUUUAUUCCUAUCAGCUGCAAAUUCACUGUCCUUGUUCCCUAUACAUCCUUGGAUUUUAGUACUGGAUGUCUUUCUUUGUUGCUAUCAUAUUAAUUAAGGAAGCUUCUAGGCCUUAUUAUUAUUAUUAUUGAAAACUAGCUUUUCUUUAUUUUCCCCUCAAUGAAAGUCAUUGAAGAGCAGUGUGUUAAAAUUUUAGACACGUUCCAUCACUUGUACACGAUUGUUUUUGGGUGAUCUGAACUAGUACCCAUGUUGAAGUAGUUUUGAAGAUCUUUAACUUGAUCUUUCGAGCUUUCAAAGCUGAAGUAGUGACACUAUGAUCGAGCUUGGUUAAUGUUUUCAAAUUUA